AUGGCCGCCCGGAACACCUUCGUCCUCCUUAACAGUCGUUGCAGUAUUCAGCAUUUAUACCAAUAUCAACAUAGGAUAGCUGCUGCAACAAAUCUCGUAGCCCGACAGUAUCCCUCUUGCUCAUCUAUCGACAGUCGACUCCAGCGGAAUAUGGGUUCGAUAGCCGGGGCGAAAAAUGAGUAUAUGGUCAUCGUGCCCGAUAAGGAGGGUGCGUUGCAAAAGAGAAUAGAAGUACGAGGCGUUCAUCUUGCAAACGUCAAACCGAUGAUAGAUUCCGGUUUCCUUAAACUUGGAGGAGCUAUGCUUGAAUUCCACCCCAAAGAGGGUCAAACGCCCCCAAUGAAAGGCAGUGUGUUGCUUGUGGUUGCUGAGUCUUCUGAGGCCGUACGUGAGCAAUUAUCAAAGGAUAUCUAUGCCACAUCAGGAGUGUGGGACAUUGAAAAGUACGUCUAA